GUUCUAUGUGCUAAUUCCCUUUCCCUCCUCACUCACUCACUCACUCACUCUUAUCUUCUUCUUUCUUUUUCUUCAUCCUUCUUCUCUUCUCUCCCACCAUUCACACAACACAACCUUCUUCUUUCUUUUCUUUCUCUGUUCUCACUCAACUCACUCAUUCUUGUUUCACAUUAUGAGAUGUUGAGUUCAACUUUUAAUGUUGCACUUCCUUUCAGCUUCCAACUAAAGACUAACAAACCAGUUGCAGCAGCAUAGCUUCAUGUUCUCUGUUUCUUAUCCUCUGCAACCCUGUUUUCUUCCUUUUGAAGCUUAAUUAUCAUGUGUAGUGCCUGGUGCGCCUGGGAUUGAAGAUCUGCAAUUGAAGCAUGGUGUUGGUGACAUGCUAUGUAAUGGUUAUGUUACUGCUGCGUAACAAUUAGUUCAUUUCAGGAGCAAUCUUAAGUUCCAAACUCAGCAGCAACCACCAAUUUGUGACUUCUAGGAGGGAAUGAGAAGAGUUCAGACAGUAUUUGUCUCAUUUAGUUAACAACAUAGACUGUGUUUCAUGGUUCAUAGUUUACGGUUACGGUUUUUACUUAUAGUCUGCCUAAAAUUAUGACAACUUACUACCCAUGUUCAAGUAAUCAAAGGGGUGCGGUGCCUAUGCUGUGUCUUAGGGAGCCUUUGCAUAAUUCGUAUCCGGAGACACCAAUUUUGCCAAGCAAUAUGACACUGUUGUAUAUGAACUCUGGUUCAUAUUCUGAAGCAUUACCUGGAAAUUCUCAGCAGCAAAGCAAUUGCUUUGUGGUUCCAUCAAAUUCCACCGCUGAGCAGCAAGAAAUAUUGGCUAAUAUUGGUGGAUACCAAAUUGGGGUUCAUGAUUUCGGUAGAAGUGAGAUGUUGGUAAGACAAUCUAUGGAUGGACAGAACUUGCAGGGGCAGGGAUUAUCUCUAAGCCUUGGAACCCACAUGCCCUCAGGAAUUCAACUGCCUUCUGUCCAUGAUAGGAAUCAUUGCUCAAAUUUUGAUUCGUUCUUGGGUGGAAAUCCAUCGCUUUCAGCCAACGAGGUCUACCAAAAUGGAUCUUCUAGACAUUCUGAAAAUUUUCCUCCUGUGUUACCUGAAGCUAGUCAUGAUUUGAACAAAGCAGAUUUUUCAUUUCAUGGAAUUUCUAGUGUUGGAAGAACGGUUCCUAGCUCCAAAUAUCUCAAGGCAGUGCAACAACUGCUUGAUGAAGUUGUUGAUAUCCGACAAGCUAUGAAAAGACCUGAUACAAGAAGUCACGGAACACAUGAGAACUCUGCGAAGAAUUCUAAGGAGGGUGGUGAGCUCCUGGAAAAUGAACGGCCAUCUACAAAUGCUGUGCCUAAUUCUCAAGCCUCAGCCAGUAACUCCUCUUGUGAGCUUUCACAUGCUGAAAAACAAGAUCUGCAUAAGAAGUUAGCAAAGCUCCUGUCAAUGUUGGAUGAGGUUGACAGUAGGUACAAACAAUAUUACCAGAAGAUGCAGAACGUGGUAUCAUCAUUUGAUGUGGUAGCAGGAUGUGGGGCAGCUAAACCAUACACGGCCCUUGCUCUACAAACCAUUUCAUGCCAUUUUCGGUGUUUGCGUGAUUCAAUCACUGGUCAAAUUCGUGCAACACAAAAGAGCCUUGGGGAGCACGACGCUUCUGAAAGUAAUAAGGGAGUUGGAAUGGCAAGACUAAAGUAUGUGGACCAUCAAGUUCGACAACAGAGGGCUCUUCAGCAGCUUGGUAUGAUGCAGCAUGCAUGGAGACCGCAAAGGGGGCUUCCAGAAAGCUCUGUUUCAAUUCUCCGCUCAUGGCUUUUUGAGCAUUUCCUUCAUCCAUAUCCAAAGGAUUCGGAAAAGACCAUGCUAGCAAGACAGACCGGCUUGACCCGAAGUCAGGUCUCAAAUUGGUUCAUAAAUGCACGUGUGCGUCUAUGGAAGCCUAUGAUUGAGGAUAUGUACAAGCAAGAUGUUUCUGAUGUGGACAUGGACUCAACUUCUUCAUCUGAAAAUGUCUCCAAGGCAACAAGAAGUGAUGUCAAGAUCUCCAAUGACACGGUUGAUGAUUCACAGCACUGUCAAAGUCCAAUGUUAACCGAUACAAAUCAUGGUGGUGGACAAGCUAAGGACCUUGGAUACGAUCAAGUUCUUGAUACAAAAAUCAUGGCUUCCACUGGAUUAACUAGUCAUGAGGUUGAAACCGAACACAGGUCAGGAAAGCUGAUAGAGGAGAAAAGGCCAAAUUUUGAUAAUUGUGGUCUCUUCUCUGAUAACAUGGUGGUUCAAUCUGAUGGAGCUAGUAAUGAAAGGUUUAUGGCAGUUGGUUCAACGUGCCAAAUGUCAGAGUUUGAGAGCUUCAAGUCAGGAAGUGGAGUGUCUCUAACAUUGGGUUUACAGCACUGUGAAGGAGGUAAUUUUUUGGCUGGUGAGAGCCAUCUCAGUUUCGCAGCUGCAGCUUCUGCAGUUGGAGUACAGACAGCAGAACUUGAGCACGUUGGUGCUGGAAACCAGCGUCAGAGGUUCAGUUCACCUCAUAUGUUACAUGAUUUUGUUGUAUGAUGAUAAUCUGUUGAGACCAUUCUGUGAAUGGUAAGUGCUGAUGUUGGGACCAGUUUGCAGACAACUAGUGACAGAAGGAACUCAGUGGUCCCUCAAGGGAUGAUAGAACUGACAAAAAACAGUUGUAUGAUAUCCUGAAAUUUUUUGGGAAGAUCUAUAACUCAUGAUUAAUGUUUAGAAGGAAACAUUAAUAUUAGGCCUAUUUCUGCAAUGAAAAAAAUUAAGAAACACAUGGCAAUAAAAAAGCCUUUUUUUUCCAUUAGGUUGGGUCAGUAACAUGCAUUAUCAGACACCAUGAAUUUUUGUUGUGUAUUAAGAAUAGAAAUAGACCAUUUAUCACUGGUUUGGCUUA